GUUUUCUUUCCUUCUUCCGUUUCUGCUUCUUCUGAGAAUUCUUCUUCCCAUUACCUUUCUCUUCUAGGGUUUUCUAUUAACUCUGAAAUCAGGAUCUUUCUUACUGAAUUUCACUUUUUAAUUUAUUCGGGUUAGUCUUAUUUUCAUUUUAGAUAUUUAUGUUUUUUGCAUUUGUCAUUUUGUCAUGGGACCGACAUUGCUCCGACAAGAGUUUCCCAAUCUGGGUUUCUUUUUUAUAUGUUUCCAAGUCUUUUAAUUCAAAUAUGUUUUCCGGCAAAAUUUUGAAAGUUUUCAUCUUUAAAUUGCUAUGUAACUCAGUUAAUUUCUAAGGUUUUCGGAUAAAAAUUUCAUUAUUUGGUUCUUGUCAAUGCCAUCUUAACUCUUCUUUGUGCAUUUCUCUGUUUGAGUUCUGUGGCUAAGCUGAUUUAGGGUGGUGCUGAUCAAAUUACAUCUAGUGUUUGUUUCCGCGAGCUGAAGUGAAUCAAAAUGUUUAAUUUUGGUCGAGCAAGAAGCCAAGGGAGGCAAAACAGAUCUAUGUCUCUUGGAGGAUUGGAUUAUGCAGACCCGAAGAAGAAAAACAAUUACUUGGGAAAGAUUCUUUUGACAGCCUCUCUUACAGCCUUGUGCAUUUUCAUGCUAAAGCAAUCUCCAACGUUCAAUACUCCGAGCGUGUUUUCUCGACAUGAGCCAGGGGUUACACAUGUUUUAGUCACUGGUGGUGCUGGUUAUAUUGGUUCACAUGCAGCUCUAAGGCUUCUAAAGGAAUCAUACCGAGUGACCAUUGUGGACAAUCUAUCACGUGGGAAUCUUGGCGCAGUCAAGAUUUUGCAAGAACUGUUUCCUGAACCUGGAAGGCUUCAAUUUAUUUAUGCUGAUCUUGGAGAUGCAAAGGCUGUCAACAAGAUAUUCACAGAGAACGCCUUUGACGCUGUAAUGCAUUUCGCCGCUGUUGCAUAUGUUGGGGAAAGCACACAAUUCCCUCUUAAGUAUUAUCACAAUAUUACAUCGAACACUUUGGUCGUAUUAGAGACAAUGGCCGCUCAUGGAGUAAAGACUUUGAUAUAUUCAAGCACUUGUGCAACGUAUGGGGAGCCUGAUACUAUGCCAAUUACAGAGGAAACUCCUCAGGUGCCAAUCAAUCCAUAUGGUAAGGCCAAGAAGAUGGCAGAAGAUAUCAUUUUGGAUUUCUCGAAAAACUCAAAUAUGGCAGUUAUGAUCCUAAGAUAUUUCAAUGUGAUUGGGUCCGAUCCAGAGGGCAGAUUGGGUGAAGCCCCAAGGCCUGAGCUGCGUGAGCAUGGACGCAUCUCCGGUGCUUGCUUUGAUGCAGCACGUGGCAUCAUGCCUGGCCUACAGAUCAAAGGAACAGACUACAAAACCGCUGAUGGAACUUGCGUACGUGAUUACAUUGAUGUCACUGACUUGGUUGAUGCUCAUGUUAAAGCUCUUCAGAAGGCAAAACCCCGUAAAGUUGGAAUCUACAAUGUUGGCACCGGGAAAGGUAGCUCGGUGAAAGAGUUUGUUGAGGCGUGCAAGAAAGCAACUGGUGUUGAGAUCAAGAUCGAAUACUUGCCUAGGCGUGCAGGUGAUUACGCUGAGGUUUACAGUGACCCGAGCAAGAUCAGGAAGGAACUUAAUUGGACAGCUAAGCACACUAAUCUCAAAGAGAGUCUUGAGACUGCAUGGAGAUGGCAGAAGCUGCACCGUAAUGGCUACGGGUUAACCUCAUCGGUCUCGGUUUACUGACUUUGUUCAUUGCUAUAGUGAUGGAUGGAGAUUUUGAUUCCAGAUGGUAUUGAGGAGAGAAGCGUAGAAGAUGGUUUUAUAUAUAAAUAUAACAUAAGAUAUAUUAUCCAUAUGAUACAAAAAAAUGAGAUCACAUGACGAGAUUUUUUAUUGAUAUUCAUUUUGUAAUGGCUUUAGGUUCUUUUAGGAAGCAGCCAUUCAUUAGUAUAUGUACCUCUCACAAUAUUUAUUCAUUAGUCCAAUAAUAUAGCUAUCCUGGCUUUUAUUUGUUA